UAGGCAGAAGCCCAAGACUUGAUAAACCAGCGCUCCCUCAUCCUGGUCCUUCCCCAGUCAUCGACCCGAUUGGCUCUCACUGGUCUCAGCUCCCACAACGUGUCAAGCGAUCUGCGGGCGCCUCCACUGAGUCUGGAUCUCGGCUGGGCCUGCGGUCGGCUCCUUAUUUACAAUCCAGGUGGCCACAUAAUCAGAAGCGCCUCCCAUAAUCAAGGACCUUAAUUGACAAACAAUUUACGGGCCACAUAGCACACACAGGACCACACAGCAGGGGCCGUCACAGAACACUCGAGUCUUUUUCCUCGUUUUGUAAUCAGCAUUGCAAUUCAAGCAGCUUUUGUCUCGGUUUUGACAAACAUUGGACAUAAUGUGAUAUUUAUGUCUUUGUUUUUUAUUUUUAAACAGUCAUUUUUAUCUUAGUCUUUAUCCAAAGUCAAUAAAAUAACAUUGUGAUUUUUAUUCUUAACCAGCUGGAUAAUGUCUAACAAACCUUGAUCUUUAUUGCAGUGCUCAGUUCUCUGCUUCAUGGACGUGCUGAUGAAGCCUUUCAGUUGAGCUGUGCAGCCGUUCUGGAUGCCAGGAUGAAACCCGCUCUGCUCUGCAUGCUGGGCUUUUUCUUGCUCAGUUCUCUGCUUCAUGGACGUGCUGAUGAAAUAAAGGCAAAUCUGACUGCAGACAAAACAACCAUACCACCAGGGGGCAGUGUGACAUUAACAGAUAUAAGAACCAGACCAACAGAGAAAAUAAAGGCAAUUCUGACUGCAGACAAAACAACCAUACCACCAGGGGGCGGUGUGACAUUAACAGAUAUAAGAACCAGAGCAACAGAGAAAAUACAGGCAAUUCUGACUGCAGACAAAACAACUAUACCACCAGGGGGCAGUGUGACAUUAACAGAUAUAAGAACCAGACCAACAGAGAAAAUACAGGCAAUUCUGACUGCAGACAAAACAACCAUACCACCAGGGGGCGGUGUGACAUUAACAGAUAUAAGAACCAGACCAACAGAGAAAAUAAAGGCAAUUCUGACUGCAGACGAAAUAACCAUACCACCAGGGGGCAGUGUGACAUUAACCUGUUCUCUGGACAAACCUGCUGAUUUAACAUUUGAGUUCUUCAGAGGAUCUUCAUCCACCUAUCAGACCAAAGUUUAUUCUCGAUCAGAUGGAGUUUUCAGCAUCACAGAAGGAGGAAUUUACACCUGCAGAGGAUUUAAACCUGAGACAAACUUUGAGACAUUUAUGAGUGAUGAAGUUAUAAUACAGAACACUGAAAUAAAGGCAACUUUGACUGCAGGCAACAAUAUCAUACCACCAGGGGGCAGUGUGACAUUAACUUGUUCUCUGGACAAACCUGCUGAUUUAACAUUUGAGUUCUUCAGAGGAUCUUCAUCCACCUCUCAGACCAAAGUUUCUCCUCGAUCAGAUGGAGUUUUCAGCAUCACAGAAGGAGGAAUUUACACCUGCAGAGGAUUUAAACCUGAGACAAACUUUGUGACAUUUAAGAGUGAUGAAGUCACCGUUAAUAAGAUAGUUUCCAACAGAGUUUCAGUCACUUCACAACCCAACUGGUCUCAGAUCUACAGCGGAGAGAAAGUCACUCUGAGAUGUGAGAUCCAGAAUGAUGGAGGAACUUGGUGGACGUAUGAAUGGAGACCAACCAAUAAAAACUCUCCAUCAUCCAGUGAAUUCAUGAUCAUCUCAGCUACUGAGUCUCACAGUGGAGAAUACAAAUGUAGAGGAAAAAGUGAAGAAGGGUUUUCUUUGACACCAUGGAGUAAUGUUGUUAAAAUAACUGUAUUGUUUCCCCCUCAGCCUGUCCUCUCUGUGUCUCCAUCAUGGCCGAAUCCUGGAGCCUCAGUGACUCUGAACUGUGAGGGUUUGGAGCUUCAAUCAGCAGGAUGGAGGUUCUUCUGGUAUAAAACUGUUCCUGAUACAACCAGCAGAUCCUACACCUAUGAGCUGCUUCCUGGCAGCACCAAUGGUACUGAGCAGAACUCCUUCAUCAUUAAUGGACCGAAUCUCACAGCAGGAUUUAAGUGCAGAGCAGAAAGAGGAGAACCAAAGUUUUACUCUAAUUACAGUGAAGUAAAGUUUGUCUGGUCUGCAGAUCCUCGUCCAGCAGCUUCUCUCUCAGUGAAUCCUGACAGAGUUCAACACUUCUGGUCUGAAUCUGUGACUCUGAGCUGUGAGGGAAACUCUACUGAGUGGAGAGUGAUGAGGUUUACAGAAAAAGACAGACUGUCAUACUGCUCCCACUGGGGGACAAUGACUGGAUCUACAUGCACUUUUAAACCAUACAGGUUGAAUAGUGGAGUGUUCUGGUGUGAGUCAAAAUCUGGAGAGUUUAGCAACGCUGUCAACAUCACUGAACAGAAUGAUGAUGAUGGUAUUAUCCUGGUGAGCCCUGUUCAUUCUGUGACUGAAGGAGAUCCUGUUACUCUGAGCUGCAGAGAUAUAAAACAAAAUCUUCUCUCCAAUGUGUUUUUCUAUCACAAUGAUAAACUCAUCAAUAAUGACAGCAGAGAGGAGCUGAAGAUCUCUGCAGUGUCAAAAAUAAUAAUAAAUUGCUCUUGGGUGCCCCCUACUGGCCACGGUGGGUCACGCUUCACCGGUAAUAUGAGCUGCCGUGUAACGUGCAUUGAAGAUAAACCAAUGACGCAGAAAGGACUUAGCUUUCAGGGACAAAGAAAAGAAAGAGGAAGAAUAGAAAAAAGCCGAGAUAAAGGGUUGAAUGAUGGUGGAGAGUGGACGGCAGGUGAACCACGACAGACGAAACGCAGUGUGCUCAGUUCUCUGCUUCAUGGACGUGUUGAUGAACACAAUUCAAAUCAAGCAGAAGCCUUUCAGUUGAGCUGUGCAGCCAUUCUGGACACCAGGAUGAAACCCGCUCUGCUCUGCAUGCUGGGCUUUUUCUUGCUCAGUUUUCUGCUUCAUGGACGUGCUGAUGCUCCCAAUAAACCCACUUUGAUUCUGCAACCCAACUGGUCUCAGAUCUACAGCGGAGAGAAAGUCACUCUGAGAUGUGAGAUCCAGGAUGAUGGAGGAACUGAGUGGACAUAUGAAUGGAGACCAACCAAUAAAAACUCUCCAUCAUCCAGUGAAUACAUGAUCAUCUCAGCUACUAAGUCUCACAGUGGAGAAUACAGCUGUAGAGGAAAAAGUGAAGAAGGGUUUUCUUUGACACCAUGGAGUAAUAUUGUUAAAAUAACUGUAUUGUUUCCCCCUCAGCCUGUCCUCUCUGUGUCUCCAUCAUGGCCGAAUCCUGGAGCCUCAGUGACUCUGAGCUGUGAGGGUUUGGAGCUUCAAUCAGCAGGAUGGAGGUUCUUCUGGUAUAAAACUGUUCCUGAUUUGUCCAGGCAAAUCUAUCAACUAUCCUACAGAUCUGAGCUGCUUCCUGGCAGCACCAAUGGUACUGAGCAGAACUCCUUCAUCAUUAAUGGAUCGAGUCUCACAGCAGGAUUUGUGUGCAGAGCAGGAAGAGGAGAACCAAAGUUUUACACUCAUUACAGUGAAAUAAAGUUUAUCUGGUCUGCAGAUCCUCGUCCAGCAGCUUCUCUCUCAGUGAAUCCUGACAGAGUUCAACACUUCAGAUCUGAAUCUGUGACUCUGAGCUGUGAGGGAAACUCUGAUGAGUGGAGAGUGAUGAGGUUUACAGAAAAAGACAGACUGUCAUCCUGCUCCAGCUGGGGGACAAUGAAUGGAUCUACAUGCACUUUUAAACCAUUUCUGUUGAAUAGUGGAGUGUUCUGGUGUGAGUCAAAAUCUGGAGAGUUUAGCAACGUUGUCAACAUCACUGAACAGAAUGAUGAUGAUGAUGGUAUUAUCCUGGUGAGCCCUGUUCAUUCUGUGACUGAAGGAGAUCCUGUUACUCUGAGCUGCAGAGAUAUAAAACAAAAACUUCUCUCCAAUGUGUUUUUCUAUCACAAUGAUAAACUCAUCAAUAAUGACAGCAGAGAGGAGCUGAAGAUCUCUGCAGUGUCCAAGUCAGAUGAAGGUUUCUACAAAUGUCAACAUUCAGGAAAAGAGUCACCAAGCAGCUGGAUGUCUGUUAGAGUAACUGUAUCCAGUCCUGUCGGCUCUUCAUUUCCUGUGAUGUUGAUCGUUGGACCAGUUGUUGGAGUCGUUCUCAUUAUUCUCGUUAUUGUCCUGCUCUUGUUGUGGCGCUGCAGACGACUGAAUCAACCAGAGAGCAUCAAUCCAGCCUCAGGUACAAAUCAUGAAGUGACUCAGAAUGACGAUUCUGUUUACAGCUCUCCACUUCAUGGUGAUUCUUCCCUCUAUGAGACAAUCCACCUCAGCGGAGCCUCUGGAAACGUCACAGCAGAGACGACUCAUCAACCAACAGAAGAGUCUGACUAUGCUAACAUUAACCCAGGAAAGAGCAAUGUGAUGUUUCGUUUUCCAGCAGGGCUGGCCCAAGACAAAGGCAAAAAAGGACUUAGCUUUCAGGGACAAAGAAAAGAAAGAGGAAGAAUAGAAAAAAGCCGAGAUAGAGGAUUGAAUGAUGGUGGAGAGUGGACGGCAGGUGAACCACGACAGACGAAACGCAGUGAACACAAUUCAAACCAAGCAGAAGCCUUUCAGUUGAGCUGUGCAGCCAUUCUGGACACCAGGAUGAAACCCGCUCUGCUCUGCAUGCUGGGCUUUUUCUUGCUCAGUUCUCUGCUUCAUGGACGUGCUGAUGAAGCCUUUCAGUUGAGCUGUGUAGCUGUUCUGGAUGCCAGGAUGAAACCCGCUCUGCUCUGCAUGCUGGGCUUUUUCUUGCUCAGUUCUCUGCUUCAUGGACGUGUUGAUGAAGAUCACAUCAAACAAACAACACAGUCUGUCGACGUCACUGAUUCAGACACCAACAAAUCUCCUGCAGCAGAUAUAAGAACCAGACCAACAGAAAAAAUAAAGGCAAUUCUGACUGCAGACAACACAACCAUACCACCAGGGGGCAGUGUGACAUUAACCUGUUCUGUGGACAAACCUGAUGAUUUAACAUUUGAGUUCUACAAAGGAUCUUCAUCCACCUCUCAGACCAAAGUUUCUCCUCGAUCAGAUGGAGUUUUCAGGAUCACAGAAGGAGGAAUUUACACCUGCAGAGGAUUUAAAACCGAAGGAAACUUUGUGACAUUUAAGAGUGAUAAAGUCACUGUUAAUAAGACAGUUUCCAACACAGUUUCAGUCACUUCACAACCCAACUGGUCUCAGAUCUACAGCGGAGAGAAAGUCACUCUGAGAUGUGAGAUCCAGGAUGAUGGAGGAACUGAGUGGAUGUAUGAAUGGAGAACAACCAAUAAAAACUCUCCAUCAUCCAGUGAAUUCAUGAUCAUCUCAGCUACUGAGUCUCACAGUGGAGAAUACAAAUGUAUGGGUAGAAGAGGCUACGAGUUUACAGGAUGGAGUGAAACCAUCAGACUGACAGUGUCAUCUGAUAAACCCAAAGCCACCCUGAAGGCAGAGACAAGAAUCAUACCAGCAGGGGGCAGUGUUACUCUGACCUGCUCUGUUGAAGGAUCUACUGGCUGGAAGUUCUUCUGGUACAAAUAUGGACAAGAUUAUUCUGCAGUUGGAUCCUCUGGAAACACAGAACCAGAUGGAUCCUUCAGAGUCUCAGAGGGAGGAAAGUACAGCUGCAGAGGAAAAAGAGGAGAUCGAUUUUUUGAAUCAGAAUCCAGUGAAGAGGUCACCAUUCAGAAAACUGUUUCUAAACCGACUGUGGUCCUGAAUCCUGGUUCGUCUCUGAAAGAAGAUAAAGUCAAUCUGGAGUGUCGAAUCCAGGAAGGAUCUUAUUGGACGUAUGAAUGGAGAAAAAACAAUUUGAAUUAUUAUCAAACAUCCAAAAUAAUCAUAGCUGACAUUGGAAAUUACAGCUGCAAAGGAACAAGUGACUAUCUCUUAACGCAGUGGAGUGAUGUCAUCACAUUAACUAUCUCUCCCAAAAAUCCCAGUUUGAUUCUGCAACCCAACUGGUCUCAGAUCUACAGCGGAGAGAAAGUCACUCUGAGAUGUGAGAUCCAGGAUGAUGGAGGAACUGAGUGGACGUAUGAAUGGAGAACAACCAAUAAAAACUCUCCAUCAUCCAGUGAAUUCAUGAUCAUCUCAGCUACUGAGUCUCACAGUGGAGAAUACAAAUGUAUGGGUAGAAGAGGCUACGAGUUUACAGGAUGGAGUGAAACCAUCAGACUGACAGUGUCAUCUGAUAAACCCAAAGCCACCCUGAAGGCAGAGACAAGAAUCAUACCAGCAGGGGGCAGUGUUACUCUGACCUGCUCUAUUGAAGGAUCUACUGGCUGGAAGUUCUUCUGGUACAAAUAUGGACAAGAUUAUUCUGCAGUUGGAUCCUCUGGAAACACAGAACCAGAUGGAGUCAUCAGAGUCUCAGAGGGAGGAAAGUACAGCUGCAGAGGAGGAAGAGGAGAUCGAUUUUUUGAAUCAGAAUCCAGUGAAGAGGUCACCAUUCAGAAAACUGUUUCUAAGCCAACUGUCCUGCGACCAGGCUGGUCUCUGAAAGAAGAUGAAAUAUAUCUGGUGUGUCGAAUCCAGGAAGAAUCUUAUUGGACGUAUGAAUGGAGAAAAAACAAUUUAAAUUAUUAUCAAACAUCCAAGAUCAUCACAGCUGACAGUGGAGAUUACAGCUGCAAAGGAACAAGUUACUAUCUCUUAACACAGUGGAGUGAUGUCAUCACAUUAACUAUCUCGUUUCCCCCUCAGCCUGUCCUCUCUGUGUCUCCAUCAUGGCCGAAUCCUGGAGCCUCAGUGACUCUGAACUGUGAGGGUUUGGAGCUUCAAUCAGCAGGAUGGAGGUUCUUCUGGUAUAAAACUGUUCCUGAUUUGUCCAGGCAAAUCUAUCAACUAUCCUACAGAUCUGAGCUGCUUCCUGGCAGCAUCAAUGGUACUGAGCAGAACUCCUUCAUCAUUAAUGGACCGACUCUCACAGCAGGAUUUGUGUGCAGAGCAGAAAGAGGAGAACCAAAGUUUUACUCUAAUUACAGUGAAGUAAAGUUUGUCUGGUCUGCAGAUCCUCGUCCAGCAGCUUCUCUCUCAGUGAAUCCUGACAGAGUUCAACACUUCAGAUCUGAAUCUGUGUCUCUGAGCUGUGAGGGAAACUCUACUGAGUGGAGAGUGAUGAGGUUUAGAGAAAGAGAUGGACUGUCAUACUGCUCCCACUGGGGGACAAUGACUGGAUCUACAUGCACCAGUGACUCAUACUGGUUGAAUAGUGGAGUGUUCUGGUGUGAGUCAAAAUCUGGAGAGUUUAGCAACGCUGUCAACAUCACUAAACAGACUUAUUAUUAUUAUGGUAUUAUCCUGGUGAGCCCUGUUCAUCCUGUGACUGAAGGAGAUCCUGUUACUCUGAGCUGCAGAGAUAAAAAUCAAAAACUUCUCUCCAAUGUGUUUUUCUAUCACAAUGAUAAACUCAUCAAUAAUGACAGCAGAGAGGAGCUGAAGAUCUCUGCAGUGUCAAAGUCAGAUGAAGGUUUCUACAAAUGUCAACAUUCAGGAAGAGAGUCACCAAGCAGCUGGAUGUCUGUUAGAGUAACUGUAUCCAGUCGUGUCAGCUCUUCACUUCCUGUGAUGUUGAUCGUUGGACCAGUUGUUGGAGUCGUUCUCUUUAUUCUCCUGAUCUUGUUGUGGCGCUGCAGACGGUCCAACGAUCUGUGCUGCAUAUGGUCAAAGGGCUCAGAGGUCAGAGGACAGAGCUCCACCACAAACCAGCCUGAAGGUGAUGUUAAUGUCUAUGAGCUGAUCGGCUCGGCUGCAGCUUCUGGACAUGCAGCAGAUGAAGCCGCAGAGGUUACAUACUCUCUCAUUGAAAUGAAAUCCUUUGGGAAAGACAGGAGACAAGGUGAACCAGAAGAGGGCGCUGUUUACUCUGAGGUGAAAACAGGAGCUGCAGGCUCGACUCAAACCUACGCUGUGAUCGACCGUCAGAAGAAAGCUAAGGGCAAAGAGAACUCGGGUCCUUCAGCAGCGGAGGCAGCAGUUUAUUCUGUAAUCACAUCAGCACCAGCUCUGGAAAACCGUUCUGCCUUGUAGGCUGCAGGCUCUGAGGGUUUAACCUGCAAUUUAUUACAAAACUCACAACAACCGCUUUGAUCAUAAGAAAUCUCCUGGAGAAUCUGUAUCGUUACUCAAAGAAUAAUUUUCUGAGAUCCAAAUCGUCAGACGGGCUUAAACUUUAGUAAAGGCAACAUUUUAUAAAGACUCACAUAUCGUUUUUUAACACAACACAAAUUGUGCAUUGUUUUGUGUUUAUUUUAUUUUUUUUUAGGAGUAUGUUGCAGUUAAAGUUACUAAAUUCGAUUUGGAACAGUUUCAUUUGGUUUCAUAUGAAGCAACUUUGCUUCUUAGUACCUCAAUUUAACUUUUUAUACCAAAAACGUCCAACUGUAUUUUUAUCGUCAAGCACGUUGUAAUUUAAGUAGAUUGAUCAUUUUAAUAUAACACAUAAAAUCAAUAUAAGAUGUUAGACGUAAUUGGGCACAAUAGUGAUUAAAAUGAAUUUUACAUUCUCAGGUAUAUCUCUGGUAUAUAGAUUGUUUUAAUAAUGCUACUUGUAACUGAGCAACAAUUAUUAGCUAUAUAUCUUUGCUCUUUUGUUAUUAUAGUAUUUCAGUUGAAGCUUAAACCUGCUCACUUGCUACUAGAUCGAACUUACAGCUUCACUGCUAGAUGACAAGAAAGUACUGAACUUCCCAUGCAAUCUUUGGUUUGUGUAGAAUAUGCAUCUAUAGGCACCUUGGCAGCUCAAAUUUAAUUGGUUGAGCAGCAGCAGCUGAAUUGAUUCGUUUGCUGUUUAAAAUGAUGAAAUAGAAACAAAUAAAAUAUUUUUAUUUAUUCUUGUUGCUUUAAGUUAUUUCGCAGUAGAGUUAUGCUCCUUCAGAAUAUCUGGGUUGUUUUUUUUUGCAUAGUUUGGAAUUAGACAUAUAUAGCAAGCAUGUUGACUUUUAUUAAAAAAUAUAUAUGUUUAUAAGUUCUAAAUAUGUGUCAGUUUUUAUAUCUUUGAGGACUUCAGCGGUUUAUCUCUGUAGUGCAGGGAUGUCAAACUCCAGUCCUCAAGGGCCGCUGUCCUGCAACUUUUAGAUGUGCCUCUGCUUCACCACCUGAAUAGAAUAAUUAGGUCAUUAAGUCUCUGGAGAACUGAUCUA